UGGAUCAAGCUUCAAGGGUGGUUGUUACCACCUGUGCCGAUAACAUGGAUCAAGCUUCAGGGGUGGUUAUAGCCACCCCUGCCAAUGCCGAUAACAUGGCUCAAGCUUUAAGCAGAACGGUGGUUAUAACCACCCCUGACGAUGUCGAUAACAUGGAUCAAGCUUCAGGGGUGGUUAUAACCACCCCUACCGAUGCCGAUAACAUGGAUCAAGCUUCAAGGCAGCUUGCCCGCGGCACCUGCCGCCCUAUCAGAUGUGCCAGUGGCAAAAACAUCAGAGUCUGGAUAAUGGGGGACAGCUAUGUCCGACGUGGUGCCCAGAGAGCUGCAGAGACGACCGGAAGGAACUUGGGCCUUAAUGACGUCUCCAUUUGCUGGUUUGGCUGGGGUGGACUGCGUUGGAGACGUCUUUUCCCUUUUCCAAACUGCCUGCGAGGAAGAGCAGCACCGGAUGUCCUCCUCAUCCACUGUGGCGGGAACGACCUGGGGGAGACCACCAGUGUCGAACUCGUCACCCGGAUGAAGGAGGACCUGCACCAGCUUCACCACUGGCACCCUCACAUGAUGAUAAUGUUUUCUUCAUUGUGUCAGAGGUGCCAGUGGAGGGCUGCUGCAAAUCCGGUGAGAGUGGACAAAGCUCGGAAAUUUGUCAACAGUGUUAUGGCUACAUUUGUCAUGGGUUGGAUGGCUGCCAUUGUUGAGCACCCUCCUCAUUAAACAUAACACUCCAGGGCCUAUUCUU